UCUUUCUCUACAAAGGAGUGUUAGGAGGUAUGGGGAGCUCACAAAGGCUCCUCUUCAUUUAUCCUUAAUACCCUGCUUCUGUGUUCCUCGGGAAUGCCACUGGGCUUAUGCCUCUGGUCUCCAGAAGCUGCGGUGGAUGGGCAUUUGUGACAGCACUAUGGGACUGAGCAACACUCUCUUUGUGAUGACCUUCCUGCUCUCUGUCUCCACCUUUCCUUUUUUAGGUGCUGCUUCGAUAAAGAGCCAAGCGUAUUUCAACCAGACUGGAGAACUGCCAUGCCUCUUUCCAAACUCGCAAAACAUAAGCCUGGAUGAGCUGGUACUAUUUUGGCAGAACCAGGAUAAGUUGGUUCUGUAUGAGCUAUACUUAGGCAAAGAGAACCCUGACAAUGUUCAUCCCAAGUAUAAAGGCCGCACAAGCUUUGACCAGGACAGUUGGACCCUGAAACUCUACAAUGUUCAGAUCCAGGACAAGGGCUUGUAUCAAUGUUACAUCCAUCAUAAAGGGCCCAAAGGACUGGUUCCCGCCCACCAGAUGAGUUCUGAUCUAUCAGUGCUUGCUAACUUCAGUCAACCUGAAAUCAUGCUAAUUUCUAAUAGAACAGAAAAUUCUGACAUCAUAAAUUUGACCUGCUCAUCUACCCAAGGUUACCCAGAACCUAAGAAGAUGUAUUUUUCAGUACAAACUGAGAAUUCAACGACUAAAUAUGAUGCUGUCAUGAAUAAAUCUCAAAAUAAUAUCACAGAACUGUACAACGUUUCUAUCAGCAUGUCUUAUUCAUUCCAUCCUGAAACAAACAAUGUGAGCAUCUCCUGUGUCCUGCAGCCUGAGCCAACGGAGACACUGAUUCUCUCUCCACCUUACAAUAUAGGUACAAAGCCACGUGAGAAAGCCCGGCAUGAACAAGACCACAUCCGCUGGAUUACAGCUCUACUUCUAAUAUUGAUCGUUGUGUGCGGGAUGGUGUUGCUUUUAACACGAAGGAAAUGGAAGAAGAAGCAGCCUGGCCCCUCUCAUGAGUGUGUCUCUUUCAGAAACCAUCAGAGUGGAGGAGAAAGAGAGUGAACAGACUGAGGAAAGAGUAGAAAAUCCUGAAAUAUCCGCUGAAGUUCAGUGUGGUGGUAAUAUUUUGAAGACGACUUCAGGCGACUAAAGUACUGCACAUUUUUAAUUAAAGAGUAAAAUUCGUAUGACUAUCCAUUUUUUAUAUGCUUUCUUUUUCCAGUUUUUGGCUGAUGUUUUUCUUGUCUCUAAACCUUCCCGGAAGGCAAGAAAAUAUGACCAUUAAUAAUAGUGGGGGCUCCAGGACUCCCGCUAAGAGAAAUCCUGCCCAUAACACCAGCUCUGCUCCCCAGGCCGGAGCGGAUUUUAACUGCUUCUUUUCAUUUCCGAGUAUAUUUGUGGGCCUAGCCCACCUUACUGGUUCCUGGCCCAGGAGUAAUGUUUAAGACUAACACCUCAUGUUUGCAAUUCAGCCUCUUUUCUUACUUUUAUAAAUUGUCUUUUAUGUAGAACUCCCAAAUCCUAGAAGAGUGGAUUUCAUCUACUCUGAACUCUUAGCGCCUCCUUCCAUCUUGUAUACCUGUGACUGAAUACCUACCUCUUCAGUCUGGCUGGGAGUUAUAUAUUUUAAACCUUUAUAGUGUUAAUAUUAAUAUUUUGACAUAUAAAGAAAUGUGUACUAUAAUAAUGUAAUUACUAUGCCCUGAGAAGAGUCCACCCCCUGCUAAGGAGUUCUUGUCCCUCUGUGAGGGUCAGUAAGGAAAGCAGUGGCCUACUGUGCUCAACAAUGAGCAGACCAACUCAAAAUUUGGAAAAUUAGGAGAGACAGAGAUGGAACCAACUCUGGAUCCUGGAGCCAUUUCUAUCUGAGCUGUUGCUAAUAUUGAGCAGGAUCCACCUGCCCAACAAGCUAUUGAUAAGCCUUAGCAGAGAGCAUUGGAUAAAGCAGGAGAGCACUAUGUAUCAUGAACCCUACUUCUCUUCUUGAGAAAAAUGACGGAGGUGAUGGCCUGGGGCAAGUGUGCAAGAGCCGACAGAGAGACCAUGAUACUCAAAAGAGAAAAAAAAAAAAGAUCUUGACCAACAGAAAUACAUGUGAAUGUCCAGUCUGUCCAGCCCUUCAACAAGCCUUGGAACAAGCACACAUGGACAAUCUGUCCAAAUGGACUUAAGACAGACAGCAGUUUCCCUGGUGGCUGGUGAGAGGUUUUGAUGAUACCCAAGUUCUUGUGAUGUUUUUUCUGUCUGGAAGCAGAGCUGGGGAGGAUGAGCCAUCAUCCUGAGAAUAGGAUGCAUGGAAGGAGGCUUAGGACUCUUUCAACUAAUUGCUAAGAGAGAAAGAGCUGGAGUGGCAUUAGGAGGAUCAGGAUGCAAACCCUCCAGAGGCUGACUUAGCCUGCAGAUGUCCUAAGGAGGUAUCAGCUGGCCCAGAGCAGGACUAGCGAACUUGUGUCUGAGGACCGUUUUUGUAUCAUUCUCAAUGAUGGGAAAACUGGACAUAGGCCAGGAACAUACCAGCCCAGGAGAAAUGAGUUAGGAGACCCUGGCUCUAACGCAGCAUCACUAAGGGAUGGAGCAGCCUCAGUUCAAACCGAAAGAGAACUUGUGGAGGCCAAAGCUACAGAAAUAGUUUUUACUCCACGCAAAGGACCCUAGAGGGUUGUAGACAGCUGUGCUAGCCAUGCUCAUCCUUGUAAUAUUGCCAUUUAUGUGUUCCGCCCUGCCCCUGCUUUCAUUAGGUUCUAAGCACUUUGCUGGUUCCUAACGUGUUUUGUACAGAGUUUUCAAUAAAUUUUUAUUAAAUUGA